CACAUACCUAUCUACCUACCCACCCACCCACCUACCCACCCACCCACCUACCUACCAAGUAUCCACCCCCUUACCCACCCCUCACAUAUUCCUUAUAUAUAUAUAUGUGGGUAGGUGCUGCCAUAGGGCUCAGUGUGAGGGGGCGGAGCUUAUCUCCUGUCUGUCUGCCAAUCAGGUCUGUUAGUUGCCAUUGGCUCCUCGGUGGAUAAGAUCAUUGGCCAUUUUAACGCCAGCAGGAACCGCGUGCAGAAGGUAAGUAUAAUGGGUGGGAGGGGGCGGGGCCUGAGGGUGGGCGCUGAGCCGCCAUCUUGUUUCCAUGCACAGGCGCAGUUGGGGGACAGUCGGCUGAGCCCGGAGCUGGGGUACCUACUGCUGGGGGGCCUGUGCCCGUCGCUCUACUCCCUGCUGGGGGACGGCCUGAAGCCUUUCCAGAAGGAUGUGAUUGUGGGUCGGCGCCGGCUCAGCCCCUGGAGUCUGGUCGAGGGGUCCGUUAGGGCAGGCGCCGGGCCCCUGCACAGCCUUCUGGGUAACGUCAGCCGCCUGUCAGAGCUCAGGGACCCCCAGCGGAGGUUCAACGCAUUCAUCUUUGGCCUGCUCAACACCAAACAACUGGACCUCUGGAUCUCACUCCUGCACGAGUCGUACGGUAGGGCCCGGUCGUCCCUGUUUGCCCCCUGGGGCUUCCUGCCGCUGGCUGCAACGACCCACCCGUUGUUAGACGAGUUGCUCCUGCCAUGACUGGCACUGCAGCCCCUUUCUGCCCUCCAGACCUUCUAUGUGGUGUUUGAGGCACACCACUACCUGCAUGGGGCACCAACCCCCAGCGCCCAUUAUGGCACGCGAGGGCCUAGCUGCACCGCCUCGGGGGGCUCUCUGCGGGAUAUUCUCAGCUUGGGGGGCUGGCUCCACAACUGACUGGCACCCAGUGACAGAAGGACGCCUGUCCACCUCCCCGCCCAAACCUGUGCCAGGCUCCUCGCCGACUUCACCCCAAGGGGCAGCUGGUGGGGGCACCUGAGCAAGGCCUCUCGUAGCUACCUCCCCCCCACAAGGGAAACUGCCUCCCACUGGAACAAACUGGCAAACUGGGGGGGGCGGGGGGAAGAGGCGGAAGGAUCCAGCUCCUGGGGGCAGAAAGCACCUGAUAUAAUUGCCCCGGUGCCAAAUGCCCCCCCUACAGGGCAGAUGGAAGCCCCCACACCCUCAGGGGAAGGAUGGGGUUCUGGGGGGGCAGCGGAACAGCAGAAUGAGCCCCAUAUUGUACCCAACACAGAAGACUGGAGCAACUGGCUGGGGCAUUUGUUUGGGGCAAAACCUUCUCCCACCCAAGGAAAGAAAAAGUCACGACUGCCCUCCGAUUGGCUGACUCCCCCGGUGAGGGUUCUGGAUCUGAUUGGACUCCCCUCCCCGUCAGAGAAAGCCCAGAGGGUGGGGCCGGUGCCAGAGGAGAGGAAAGAGGAGAGCAGGCCUGAGAGGUCGGUGCGGGCAAUGUGUGAUCACCGCGGGUCGGACCGGGCGCAGCUGAGUUUCCGGAAGGGGGAGGUUCUGGAGCUGGUGGGCACGGUGGACGAGGACUGGAUCCGGUGCCGGCGCGGGAAUGAGAGCGGGUUGGUGCCCGUGUGUUACACCUCCCUCAUUCUGUGACCCCCUCAUUGGCAGGGACCAUGCAGGAGGGGUAUUGGGGCAAUAGGGUUACAUAGGGGCUCCCACAGUACCCCGGGGGGGGUGCCAACUGAUGCCCCCCCGCAUGCGCCAGGUGUUGGCAGUGACGCGCUGCUUGCAAACAGAAUAUCGCAUGGAAUGAUGCCAGUCCGCAUUCAGGGACCCCCCCCCCCCAGUGUAUUUACUGCACCCCCCGGGGGGGCUGCCCGGGAUUCCCUUAAUGGGCAGGAAGGGCAAACACUGUAAUUGAGCUUUGUCCAUUGUGUCCCCCAGCGGGCGCCUGGGGUAUUGGGCAGGAGGGGGGGGGGGCAACGAGGGCCAGGGGGGCAGUGAGCCCAGGUUGGCCCCCUAUAGACUGGUACUGACCCUGCUCCCAAAUCUUGUUCUUUUGCCCCAUUUCUGCCCUUUUCCGGUUUCUUCCUUUGCAGUGGGGCAGCACCCACCUCUAGGGGCAGUAUUGGGCCCCAAAGCUUACUGGGAGCUGCCCCGGCCUAAUGCCCCACUAUAUAUGGCACUGUAUGUAUAGCAUUGUGAAUGUAUAGUUAGAUUGUAAGCUCUUGGGCAGAUAUUAUUAUUCUAUGUCCUGUGCACAGUACUGGGGGUAACAAUAUAUCUAUAUACCCCUACGGCCUGUGGGGCAAUAAUAAACCUUCCCCAAAUCAGCCAA